GACACAACCAUGCUCGGUGCAUUGCCACCAGCAUAGCGCGUGCAGCGGGGAAGGGGGGCGCAGAGCUCCCUAAGGGUGACGGCUGCCCAAAGCGGUCAUCCAGUUUUACACCUGCUCCUAGCAUCUCACGGAAAGGCCGGCGUACGUAGGGAGCAUGAAGCAAGAUGUUUGACCACAGUUGGUGCCUGCUAAAACUGAUUGACUAGUGCUGACUUGUAUAUUUCAAGGAAAAUUUUUUGGUUUGGUUGCAGAGCUGUCACAAUAUAGUAUCACCUAGUAUUUCUCAUAUGAUUCCAUUGAAUUUAUUCUUUAAUCCAUUUCCUGAUAAUUAUAGCAUCAAAUUUUACUAUUUUGUCAAAGAUUUUUGUCAGUGAAGAUCAGUGGUCGGUUAUAAGCAAUAAUUAUUUAUAAUUUUCAUAUGUCAAACUGCUCUAUUUAAAAAGAAGCUCCAGACUCUGUUAAAACUAGCUUUGGAUACUCUUAAUAGGGUUUGCAAUGUUAUUGGAAUUCAUUGGCAUAUUUUUGAUAUUUUGUGACAGGUCUGAAAACAGUGAUUUUAUUUUUUUUAUAUCUUUUCCAAAUUGCAUAUAAUUGCCUUCGUGUGUUGUGUGUUUGCUAGGGCCAGGGCAUGCGUGGCCAUAGAUAUUGAAGGGAAAUGAACUGAUCAGCAUUCUCUUAUUUCGUCUAGAAAAAUAAUUUAGCAUCUCCAUCCCUUUUCUGUGUGUGUCAUGUUUAGACAAUAGACAACCCUAAAAGACAGGAAUCCUGGAACUGCAUCUUCUUAGAUGAUGAACAUGAUUUUAGAAUGUAGAUCUGUAGGGAUUGAUUUAAAUUCUUUCAGCAUGUGUUUUCCUUUCUUUCCAAUUGUAAAGUUUCAAAUCGUUUUUGCAGUUUGGCAGCUGAAGUGAAAGAUCAGUUUGCUAGUGUGUUCACUUAAACUAAAAGUGUCUAUGAAUAUCUAAUAGCCAUGCAUCAAAAAUUUUAAUUGCCCAUAAGUUACCGGCUGCUAUUUAGAUGCAUUAAAAUUUCAAGGUAUACAUCAAAUUUAUUUCAGUUUUAGCAGGAACAGAAGGUCCUUCAGGGUUUUAUCUCUUCCAGUGUAUGUGUUUCACCAAAGACUUUGGUUUCCAAAUAUUUGUUGAGUUUGUGACUCACGGCUGUCAGGCCUCUGACCAACAAAUACAUUUUUCAAUUUAAAUUCUUAUUGAAAUAUAGUAAGUUUAUGUGCGCAUUAAUUGCACAUUAACUUUAAAAGUCAGCAAAACUAGACGGUUUUGUUGUGAUUUAAAAAAAAACUAAAAAAUUGCCUUGUCGUUGGCAGAACUUUUAUUUCGAAGCAGAGUGCAGGUACCAAAGUGUGAUAAGUGAUUUGGUGUUAGAGUGUGGAAACAGCAUUGCUUGAGCCCAACCAGCUGCUCCUCUUAGCUGGGAGAAUCAAGUUGCUUUUUAAUUGUUUCACCAAAAUGUUUCUCUCGUAUACAUACUGUGAUUACAAAUCACUCCCUUCCUAGUUUGUUUUUGCACUUACAGUUGCUGUUGCUACUGAAACUCUUCUAAUGAAAAUAAAAUUAAUAUUGAAUCAUGCACAACUAACAAACUGGAUGGUGGAAUUUUUAAAGGAAGUAGUGUGAUUCUCUCCCACAGAUUAGUAUUUCCAUUUUUAGAAUAGGAUUCUUAAAGGGGGAAACAUCUGGAGGGUCCCCUGUCUAGAGCCCCCCCCCCCCUUAAUUUUUUACAAUUAUGUAAAGCUUUUAUUUACAAAAAAAAAGUUUUUCUUAACAUUUCAAUAUUAAUUUUAAAAAUCCAAUAUUUUUUAAAUCUAAUUUUAAGAGUGAGGGUGGGCUAGAAAUUUUCCAUACUGCUUCCAAAUGUUCUGUUUGUCGGGCUCUUGCUCUCAACUUGAGUGUUGAUUGUCAGUUGCAAUCUGUCUACUAGACAACUGGCUAAGAGAAUUAAUGGCUUAUUCUCUAUGCAGUAAGAUUUUUUCUGAAGUGUUGAAAUGUUGUGCACUUGCAAGUGCUUGACACAUCCAAAUGUCAAACAAAAAUGUUACUCCGUAUCUUUUUGGUACAUUUAGUGCGGGGCAAUAUUUGUAGUGAUUCGCCUUGCAAUGGACACUUGGACACUGCACUUGCUGAACAGAAUGCAGUGACAUUUUUUUCGACUUUUUGAUGUGCUAGCCACUUGAAAGUGCACUACAUUUUCUCACUUCAAAAAAAGUGCUACUAAAUAGAGAACACUACCAUAAAUUUUUAUAGCCUGAUGUCUCCUGGACAGAUCGCUGCUAGCAAAUAAAAACAUUCAUGUUGAGAGCAAGAGCCGGACAAACACAACAUUUAGAAGCAAUAUUCAAAAUUUCUAGGUCAUUCUGACCUUUAGAAUUAGUCGUAAAUAAUAUUGGAACAUUCUAAUAAUUUUUAAAUGUUAAAAACUCAUGUUUUAACAAAAACUAGAAAAAAUAGUAAAAAAUCCUAGGGGGACCCUCCAGACAGGGAAGCCCCAGGAUCUUCCCUUUAAAGGUGUUGAUUUGUUUGAUGUAUCAAAAUCUGAGAAUUUAAGACACCUCUCAGUUUGUUGUCAUGCAGUUAAAAACAUGCCCGCUUUGACUGUUUUUCAAGCCACCACAUUGAAAGGCUUUUUUAAAAUGUACUUUAUGUGUUCAUUAUGAUGUUCAUCAAAACAAAAAUCAUUUUUUGUUUUUGUUUUUUUGUUUUUAUUUGAGUAAUCAAGAACACAUCAGUACUUCUUUGAAAUGGCAUUUACGUUUGUUUUAUUUCAUCCAUAGGUACUGGGUGUGAUAUAUUUUGAAAGACUUAACUUGGUAUUCUCACCUUCAGGGUGACCUGUUUGCACAGGUGUUUCUGUAAGUAUGCAACCCAUUCUACUUCAGGUGCGAGAGGAGGCAAGGGGGGAAGUGGGGAGGGCUCACCUACUCCCCUUGCUGAGCUGAAGUAGAUUGGGUUGCAUACUUACAGACACACCGGUGCAAACGGGCCACCCUGUAUAGUCGUGCACACUUGUGUGUAGCACAUUUAUUCUGUCUAAAUCAGUCAUGAUUAGAUAAUUUUUAAAUAAUUAUAAAAUUUCAUUAUUUCCUCUCUGUCUAAUUAAAAUGAAUUAUUCAAAAAGUUAAGUAAAAACUAAAUUUUGAAUAAUUACUAUUUUAUGUUGACAGUAGUAUUAAGUAAGUAGUUUUCUUUGAAUCAUGACUGACUGGAAAGAUUGUGUGCUUACUUCAGUUUCAACGUUGUACACCAUUGUGUGUGUGUGUGUUUGCGCGCGUGCGCGUGUGUGCAUUUUAGAUGUUUAUGUGUUUGGCAUGCAUCUAAAUCCUUCAUUCCAUGAUGCCGGGUGUUAUUUCUUCUGAGUGUGGAAUGUCUCAGUGCCAAAUGAAUCCUCAUCAAUAUACCUUACAUACUCAUUCCCAAGAGUAAGCCAGUUAUACUAUGUAUUUCUCUGAAUUAAUUUCACUAGAGGUAGUUCUGGUGCAUAGAAGUAGAACUUUUCAUUUGGUCAAAUGACAUGUUCAUAAAGCAAUUUCCAUAUGUAUGUGUUUAUGCUUUUUUUCAAUGGGGAGGAACGACAUCUUAACUGUUCUUAUAAAACAUCUAUCUGUUGACUACUUCUGGAAUUAUUUUUUUGUUUUAGGGAUGGGCUCCCUCUUCAAAGUGGUUUGGGGUCAUGGUAUGUGAAUCAAAGUCCUAAUAUUUCACUUGAUCUUGCCUACAUCUGUAAGGCCUUGGCUUAGCAUGUUCAGGUUGUGUAGGAUAUUGAUUCCAAUGUCUACAAUUAUAAACCUUUAAAAAAAUAAUUAAAAGAUGCCUCUUGCAAAGCUUGUAGGGCUUUUUCACUAUCUGGAUGGUCACCAAAUCCAGUUAAUGUACAGCAGUUUAUUUUUUGAAGCUGAUUUAUCUCUCUUUGUACUUAUCUAUUUGGCUUAUACAAACUCUAUAAUUCACACGAAUGUACUUUCCAUAUUGAAAUUAUUGGCCUCAACAAAGUGACACUGAGUAAGUAGCCUAGUGCAGCUGCACCCAUUGCUUUCCUGUACAUAAUAUUCUACUGCACUUUUCGGAGACAGUGGGUGUGGGUAAGAAUCAGAUAACAAUUUUAAAGGCAGCUUCUUAUCUUUUUUGUCUUUGUUUUGUAGCUUUCAUCAAUUGGUUUAUAUUAUUGAAUGAAGUCUUUCAAAAUUUAUGAAACAUCCAGAAAUUUUGAAUGGGUUACGGUGGAGUGCAGCCUUAGAUAAAGUCUUUGCAAAGAAUUUUGAAGAAGAUCCAACGCUACGCUGGCAGUAUUUCGGCAGUGCACGGGGCUUCAUGCGUAUAUAUCCUGCUCUUAGAUGGCCUGAAAACCUUAAUCCACCUGAUUUGUAUGAUGUUCGUCGAAGAUCGUGGUAUAUACACAGCAUUUCUUCUCCAAAAGAUAUCAUAAUCUUGAUUGACAAGAGUGGAAGUGUACAUGGUCAGACAAUAGAUAUUAUGAAAAUAGCUGUAAAGGCUCUGAUAAAGACCCUCUCUGAAGAUGAUUAUGUUAAUGUAGCAUGGUUCAACAAUGAAGUCAACUGGGUUGUUCCCUGUAUGGACAGUCUGGUGCCAGCUACCAGUCAAAACAAGCGAGUACUAUUAGAUGCUGUUGAUCGUCUCCAUGAGAGCAACCUAACCAGCUACGAAACUGCUCUGGAGUUUGCAUAUGAUGCAUUUCAAAGGUUUUCGGAAGACCGUGAGCCAUGGGAGGGUGCAAAUUGUCACAAGGCUAUAAUGUUCUUCAGUGAUGGUGGGACUGAAUGGCCUCAUGAGCUAAGUGCCCAUCUUUGUAAUGAGUCAACUGAAGACUGUGUCCGAGUUUUCACAUUUGGAUGUGGUCCCCACCCAAUUCCUACUGUUGUUCUCAAAAGUAUGGCCUGUAAGACUAGAGGGUACUUCAGUAGCAUUACAGCAUUGGGUGCCAUACAAAAUCGCAUUCAGGAUUAUGUUCGUGUUUUGGGCCGCCCUCUUGUUUUGUCUGAUGGAGCAACUAAAGAUCUUUUCCACUGGCACAAUGUUUACAUAGACAAAGGAGGACUUGGACCAGUUAUCACUGUAACUCUGCCGGUUGGUAGUUCAUCUUUUGAUGUGCGUGAUCCACUUCUCCUAGGUGUUGUGGGCACUGACAUCCCCACAAGCAACCUGGAGGAUCUUUUUCCAAAGCACUUGCUGGGCUCUUUUGGAUACCCCUAUGCCAUAAAUAACAAUGGUUUCGUUGUCUUCCACCCACAACUUCAUCAUCACAUGUCAUUCUUGCAGGGUGAAGACCCACCAAACAUAGAUUUGGUUGAAGCUGAAGGGUCUGACUGGGAAGUCUUGGAACGGAUGAGAGAAUCAAUAGUUAGGGGUCACUUUGGACACAAUAUGUAUCCACAGGCAAUCAUACCUGUUGAUCUUGGACGUGCAAUACUUAUUUCUAUGAAUCACUUUUAUGGACCCCUCAAAACGUCAAAUUUCAGGAUGGGUCUAGCUAUACCUCCUGGACAUAAUGUGAUAAAUGUUUUAAACACACCUCUAAAUGUAGACCACUUCAGUAGUCUUCGCAAUCUUCCUGGUACAUUACUAGCACCAUGGAAAUACUGCUUUGAUAUUCAGACCAACACAGAUUCCCAAGAAUUUAUUGAAGAAUUGAUCAUGUCUGUCACUGAAAAACAACAUAAAUGUAAUGUUGGGUUGCUCCGCCAUCUACUCUUGGACAUGGAUAAAACACGUUUUUUGAUUGCUGAAUGGGAAAAGACUGGUCCAGAAAAACAGGGUAUUAGAAGCCGUUUUAUCAGCACAGAAGGUGGUCUUACUAUUGUUCGACCUAUCAGUCGUUUGGCAGAAUAUGAGGGAACCAGGAAUCCGCACAAGAACCAUAAGUACCUUCGAGCUAUGGCAAGGAAUCAGUGUGUUUUUACACCUACCCUCAACCGGGAUGAUUCUAAAACCGAAGACAGUUAUGUAUUCAUCACAUGUCCCAUUCCUUAUGAGAAAGGAAGUGAAACUGUGAACGUAGGAGUUGCUGGAGUUGAGCUGGACCAAAAACUUAUUCAGGCCGAUUUCAAUAGUGUCUUGCAAUUUUACUGUGGUGAUAAUGAGAAACUUCAACUCCAACACAACUGCUACUUAAUUGAUGAUGGUGGUUUCAUUGUGGCAUCUAAUCAACCAGAUAAGCCAACAGGGGAUUUUAUUGGUGUGGUAGACCCGCAACUGACUGAGAGCCUUUUAGAAAAAGGAUUCUACCGACUGCAAGAGCGUUAUAACUUGCAAGCAUGGUGUUUAAGAGGGGCAAGUGAAGCAACACAAUCCUCUGCAAGAUUCAGCUCUUCUCUUGCUUCUAUUUUAAGAAAUAUGUGGGCUGGGCUAUCUAGUGCACAAUUGCUUUUCCAGAGUCUUAUUUCAUGGAUUCAACCCAAACCUGUGAAAUCCUUUUAUGGGUGGGAGCUCAUACGUCGAAAUUACAGUUGCAUUACUAAAGGAUCGUGGCUUGUGUUGAGUGACAGUCUUUCCCGCCCCAUGGAAUACCAGUUUGGUUGUGGAGAUUGUUCUAGAGUUAUUUAUGCUGCUCCUAUGAACUUCUUAAGUGCCACUCUUGUAAUCUCUCAACCAAUGUGUAGUUGUGCAGAACCAUCCAUCCCAAUAUCCUUCUUCCCUCAAGAAGAUGCUGGUCCUGAUUAUUGUAUUCAUCAGAAAGUUGUGAGAGAGCGCAAGCACAAGUGUUACAGCUAUACCAGAAAUGAAAAUGGAACAAGUUGUUAUCCUGGUGAUGCUCCUAGUGAUAAUGGAAGUGGUACUUUACCAAGAAUGUCAAGCUUGUUAUAUUUUGGUCCUCUAAUGUACAUCAUGCAAAAGAACUUAUAACUAGUGACAAUUUUAGUAACGCCUAUAUUUUUUAAUUAAUGUAUUUUGGGUUGAGUGCCAUUAGUAGUACUUCAAAAUGGCCCUUUCGGAAUAGUUUGAGGAAACUCAAGGCUUAUUGAAAAUCUAUGCUGUGUUUUUAUUCUCUGCAGAAAAUGGACCGCUAGAGUUUCAUCAUUUUUCUUCAAAGGGUAACUGAAAUUAAAAUUGCACUAUUCUUUUUGGUAGGAUAGUCAGUUGUUCAAGGCACUGACAUUUUUACUGUAUAAUCUAGUGAAGUUACACAGGGUCCAAGCAUUUUUAAAUAUUUAUAUAGAGAAAAUAUGUUACCUAUUUUAAAACUCUUAUCAAAAGUUAUUUAGUCUUUUAUCUCAGCAUAAAGCUUUUACCUGUUAACAUGUUAUCAACUAGUUUAGUUUUCUUAUUAUACAAGUGUUUUAUCCUCCCUUGAGAGUCCUAGAGCUUAGGACUUACUUAUUAACCUCUCCAUCAUUGCUUCUGCUCAAGACAGACACAGCAUGACUGUGAUGAUAAUUGAUUGAUGUUACCGGAAAUAUCAAUGUAUUGUGAUAGAUCAUGCACCUUGUACUUCUACAAGAGCUUUAGAUUUAGAACUGGGGACCCCUUGCCCUGCCCAAGUAUUGUGAUAAAGGUAUUGGUGUGAUGGCAUUUAGCAGUCUUCAGUGCCUGUCAAGGAAAUCAGUAGGUAACCAGAUUAAGUAUGAACAAGUGAAGCCUAUUGUAAUGUAUUCCUAAGGAAAAUGUUAACUUCUUACUGGUCAUUGUGUUCAAACAAAACUGAGAAUUUUACCAAAUUAAGUUUUAGAUUGCACCUAGCAAUGACACAAUAAAUUUGAGUAAGUUGGAAGUAGACUGAUCAAUAUGUAGACUGGAAAUCUUCAAUAAAAGUAAAACUUAAAA